UUCGGAUACAGUCCCAGAAUUUUCAUUGAAUAACAAACAACCCCUUGCCUCUGGAACUCCACCUGGCUUCAUUUCCAGACUGACUUUAGAUACGAAGGGAGUUAUCGCAGUUUUAUUAUAUAACGCAAACUGAGCUAGAUGGAAAGACACUAGAGAGUGCAUCAAAGCGGAAAUAUACAAAAUGUCUUUGUCAUUGAUAACCAUACUUCUUUUGCUGUUUGGCACGAAAGAUGCUCAAAGAACCACUCCUGAUUUUAUGAUGCAAUAUUUUCAGAGACAACUUCAAGUACUGGAGGGACGACUGAUCAAAUGUGAGCUGGACUUCCAGCAGUUCAGUCAAAGGAUGUACGACAUGUCCAAAGAGGUGCAUGGGCAAACAGGCAGGAUGAAUGUGUUGAGAUCAGAGGUCAAGGGUCAAGUCGACACCAUAGGUAUGCGCUUGGAUCGUGUUGAGAGAGAUGUGGAAUACCUACAUAAUAAGAUUCCUGAUACAACUCAUGUUGAAAUUGAAGACUCACUGCUUGAGCACCAGGUGAAAGAAGCCAAAUUAAAAAAGACUGUAAUCCCCAAGGACAAAGAUUGCACUUAUGAGCUGGUGGGUAUCAAGUCCCUGAAAAUCGUCAAGAAGGCAGGCGAUGCCAAUGGAUCCUGGAUGAAGGAUCCAACUAAGGGUUCUGCUAAGAUUUACUUUUUUAGUGGACCAACAAACAGAACACUUUUGGCAUACACCUCUCUGAAGUCUUUCACAGAAGCAAACACCACCAAAAAGACUGAAGUUAUCCCUCUUCCUUUGCCCUGGCAAGGAACAGGCCAUGUGGUGUACAAUGGCUUUGUAUACUACCACCUAGCAGACACCAACAAUGAAAUCUUAAAAGUCCACCUCAGCAAUCGCACAGUGACAGAUCGAUUGUUGCUUCCUGGGGCUGGCCGAAUGCCUGCGUAUUCACUCAAUCCUCACACCCUGCUGGAUCUUGCUGUAGAUGAAAUGGGACUCUGGUCAAUCCAUGCAGAUUCAGACUUUGGAGGCAACUUGGUCAUCUCCAAACUGGACCAUAACAGCCUUGCUGUGGAGCACACCUGGGAUACCAACUGCAAUAGUCGUGAUGCAGAAGCAGCUUUCAUGAUCUGUGGCACCUUGUAUGUGGCCUACAACUCUGACUAUGGUGGCAGGUCCAGCAUCAAAUGCUUGUAUGAUAUUCAUGACACCAUUUACACCGAGAGCACCCCAGAGCUAUUUUUCCCAAAGCGUUACACCAGUCACUCUGCUUUUCAUUACCACUACAAAGACAAGCAGCUGUAUGCCUGGGAUGAUGGUUAUCAGACCAUCUAUAAGUUAGACAUCAGGAAGAAAGUUGCUGCAUAGGUCAAUUAUACAUGGUAUAAUCCCAAGACCAGUUACAAUGAGAUUCUUGUAACCAGCAGUGCUUACAAUAGUUCUUCUUCCUAGGUUCAUCUAAUCUGUUUGUUAUUUUAUAGAAAGCCACUACUUCAAUUUGUUGUUGUGCCAGAAUAUCAUUUCCUGAAAAACAAAGGAAUCUUUUUUCCCUAUUCUCUUUGUUUCUGUCAGGGAACUGCCAAGAGUAACUAUAACUUUUUCUUCUCGAAUCUGUCUCUGAUUUGAAACAGUAAAAGUCGUGUUUGGUGUUACCAACAGGAGAUUCUAAAGUCUUCUACAAAUAAAUAGCAUUUAAAAA